AUGUGGAGAAAAGUAAAGAAAAGCAAUGUAAUGUUGCAGGGCGGCAAAAAACUUGAAAUAGAAAGUGUCAAAGUACAUGAAAGACUAGAAAAAUUGGAGUUUUCACUGAAAAAUCGGCUAGAGAAGGAUCAAAAGGUCCUGUUGAAGGUUAGAAAUUUCCCAAAACGUUCUCACUUUACUAUUUACUAUCUUCUAUUUCAAGAAUGUUGUUUAUUACGUAACAUUAAGAUAAUUUAUUCGGGUAUCAUUAGCAACACCCUUUUCGGACUUUAUCAAGCCACCUAUACAGAUGCGGAUGGAACCGUCAAGAUUGCUGCAGCAACUCAGCAUUGCCCGAGUGAUGCUCGUCGUUUGGUACCAUGCUUAGAUGAACCAAGUUUCAAAGCCAGUUGGACUGUGACUGUCAUACAUCCAAAAGGGACAAAAGCUGUGUCGAACGGCAUCGAAACAAAUGGAAAAGGAGAAGUCAGCGGUGACUGGAUCAUAUCGAAAUUUGAGACAACACCACGGAUGUCUUCCUAUUUGUUGGCUGUAGUUGUUUCAGAAUUUGAUUACAUCGAAGGGUUUACCAAAUCUGGUGUUCGGGUGAGUUUUUCUUUUCACUGCCUUCAGGAUGCCGGUAUAAGAUGUUUGGAGUUCUACGAAAACUUCUUCGAUAUCAAAUUCCCUCUUAAAAAACAAGAUAUGGUUGCACUUCCUGAUUUCUCUUUUGGCGCCAUGGAAAAUUGGGGUCUUAUCACUUACAGAACUACUAGUCGCUAUGUUAGAGCGAAUGAGAUAGACAGUGCAUGGCUGUGGUUUGGCGAUUUGGUCACGCUGAAAUGGUGGGACGAUCUAUGGCUAAACGAAGGCUUCGCAAGAUUUAGUGACAAUAGAUCAUUGGUCUCUUUUCAGGACGACUUUUUCCUACCGAAUGCACUUGUAAAAGCUUUGGAUGCUGAUGCGGUAUCAUCAACCCAUCCGCUCUCGUUUAGAGUUGAUAAAGCUGCAGAAGUCGUUGAAGCCUUUGACAGGAUCACAUAUGAAAAAGGAGCGUCCGUUUUGAAAAUGCUACAGGCUGUAAUUGGACAGAAGAACUACAACAACGCCCAAGCUUCUGAUCUCUGGGACGUUUUUGACGAAGUUGUCGAGGACGUCAAAGGUCCAGACGGUAAUUCUAUGAAAACGACCGAAUUCGCAUCUCAGUGGACUACUCAGGUUAGUUUUAGAUAG